AUGUUCCUCGCUAAAAAUGGGCAUCCCGAAGAGCAUAUUCCUGAACCGACAGAUGAGGAGAUUGAGGCGUUUGAUGAAUUGAUUCCCCGAACGAUGCUCCCCUACGCUCUAAUUGCCUCGGUCGAGGAGUCAGCCGAUCUCAUCAGUAUCGGCGACUUCGUCGAAGCGAUUGUUGAGCUGCUCAAUAAAAAAUUUCGUCGUCUCGAGGGGAUGUUUACGAUCAAGGAUCAUUCCAGCGUGAAGAUCGUUUUUCAUAUUCUACCGCACGUCGAUUCGCGAGAAUAUAGGUCCAUGAAGCGCCUAUCGCGCGACCGUGGCAUCAUAGCACAAGGCAUUCUCCAUGAUAGUACAGUCAACUGGUUUGCUCAAGUCGGCGGCCUCGGGUUUGCCGUUAGGAAGAUUACGAAGAGUGUAUGCGAUCAAACGGCAAGAGUUUUUGGACAGCGCAAGUUUGACGAGCCCUCAGCAGGACCGGCGAUUGAGGAUCAUAGCAGGAAAGACCGUCGCUUCGUGGACGAGAUCACGGACGGGUCUCGGCACCAAGAAUCUGGCGAAAUCACGAUGGUCGUUGAUGGCAUUUCACAUCAUGUGAAGCCAGCGAAAUUAUUUGCGGUUUUGCUUUCUCCGAUUCGGGUGUUGCAAGUGAAAUGGCAUUACACCGUCGUCCACGUAACGUUCGCCAACAAACAGGAAGCGCUGCAAGCAUGUGAAAAGAUCGGCCGCGUGAUGUCCGAUAAAUACCCGCUCACGAUUCGAUCGCUGAAAGGUGAUGUUGAACGCGAAGGCAUCAUG